UCAAGAAACAAAACAAAUAAAUUAAAAAAAAAUAGUAAUAUUAAUAGUAAAUAAAUUUUUUAUUAAAGAAUGGGUGCAUAUUUUGGAGCUUUUACCGUUUUUAUUUUCUGUUUAUUGGGAUUUUCAGCCAAUGCUGUAUACAUCACCAUUGGCUCCUCUCCAGGUUCUGACAUUACUCAGGCACUUCUGAAAGCAUUCACAACAGCAUGCCAAUCUCCAACACCGAGCAGAGUGGUGAUCCCAAAAGGAGAGUUCAAGCUUGGUGAGAUCCAGAUGAGGGGUCCAUGCAAAGCUCCAGUGGAGAUCACCAUUCAAGGCACUGUCAAAGCUGAUGGUAACGCGAUCCAGGGAAAGGACACAUGGAUUGUCUUUGGCAACAUUAAUGGCUUUAAGUUGAACGGAGGUGGAGCUUUCGAUGGUGAAGGAAACGCAGCUUGGAGAGUUAACAACUGUCACCAGACUUUCAACUGCAAGAAACUUCCCAUCAGUAUAAGGUUUGAUUUCGUGGAGAACGCUGAGAUCAGAGACAUAUCUUCAAUAGAUGCCAAGAACUUCCACAUCAACGUGCUCGGUGCCAAGAACAUGACCAUGGAUCACAUCAACAUCAUUGCCCCAAAAGACAGUCCCAACACUGACGGUAUCCAUUUGGGAAGAAGUGACGGAGUCAAGAUCCUUAACACAUUCAUCUCCACCGGAGACGACUGUAUAUCCGUUGGAGAUGGGAUGAAGAACCUUCACGUGGAGAAAGUCACGUGCGGUCCAGGACAUGGAAUCAGUGUCGGAAGCCUUGGAAGGUACGGAAACGAACAGGAUGUCAGCGGCAUUAGAGUCAUAAACUGCACUCUCCAACAGACUGACAACGGACUGAGGAUCAAGACAUGGCCUUCUGCAGCUUGCUCCACCACCGCCUCCGAUAUUCAUUUCGAGAAUAUCAUUCUCAAGAACGUUAUGAACCCAAUCCUCAUCGACCAAGAGUACUGCCCUUGGAACCAAUGUAACAAGCAGAAACCAUCAACGAUUAAGCUUGCCAACAUCAGCUUCAAGCAGAUCAGAGGAACAUCAGGGAACAAGGAUGCAGUGAAGCUAUUGUGCAGCAGGGGAUACCCAUGCCAAAACGUUGAGAUUGGAGACAUUGACAUUAGGUACAGCGGAGCAGAUGGUCCAGCGACUUUCCAGUGCUCAAACGUGAGCCCCAAACUCAUGGGAACUCAGAGCCCUAAAGCUUGCAGUGGUCCAGUGACCAACUUACCCCAAUAAGUAGAAGCUCAAAAAAUAUUAAACUAAAACACCCAUUCAUUAUUUGUUUUGUUUCCUACACCCAAUUUAAUUUAUAUGGUCUAUGAUGUAUGCUCUCAUUCUUUCUAAUUCAAUAUAAAUGCAUUCAUUAUGCCUUUUU